AUGGUGGAUAUUGUGGAACAUCCUCACAUGUUCUCCAGAAACCUCACCUAUGUGAAGGCAGCAACAGUCAAGCUGGCAGCCAAGUAUGACAGCUGGGACAAUGAGAAUGACUACAGCUUUCGCACUCACCUAUUGGACUGCAUUGACCCGGAGCUACAUGAAGCAGUGUCUGGAAUCCAGGACAUCGGUGAUCACAGUCUUGUUACCUGGAUCAAACUCGUUCAACAAUGGUCCAUUCUGACUGCUGAAAAAUCCCACAAAAUCAUCAGUGAAGUCAAUGCAUUCACUCUGCAGCAGUGUCCAGCAUUGGACAUGUCAUUGGGAAUUCAACAGCUUCGCCCAAGAAUCCAAGCCCUUUGUGAUACACGGGACUAUGACCCAAAGCUUCUCUACACCUUUCUUGAGAGUUUGCAUGGUGCCUAUCCAGUUAACAACAAACAUCAUCUUGAAUGGUGGACCAUGAUUUUGGAUCGGAUCCUCACUCCAUUGAAGAAGGCUUACAAGCAGUGCAAGGAAGAGACGUUCUUGAAUGGUUUCGACAUUGAGCUCUUCCUCUUGAGAGAGACACGCGAGGAUGGGUCGUGCAAAGGUUUGGAUCAUAAGAGCAUUUUGGACACUCUGUUGGAGUAUUACAUGAUUGCAGUGAAUGAGGAGAAAUGGCCAGCCACAUCAGGACCCCAGGACUCAGGCAGUGCUCCCAUGUCCUUUGGUUCCUCCUCUUGUUCCUCACCACUGUUGGACCAACUCUUG